GUGAAUAGGAAGCUGGGGCCGUUAUUAGCGUUGGGAAGGGCACUGAGGAGAGAAGUGACCGAACUAUCGAGCUGGGGAGGCGAUGUCCCUACUGGAUGGACGGGAAGAGAGAGACUCUUAGGAGGGGUAGUUCCAUUGAAAUCAACGGGACACCUCUUAUGAAUAGUACUGAUCCAAGUGGGAUUGCCCCUUUGCUCCACGACUGCCAGGCUGGACUCCAGGACUGACCAAUAGAAUCUCCGCCUUCAGAUGUGGUUGGGGGGGUGGAAUGUUUCAAACAGUUGCUAUGGUCACACAGUAGCAUGCGGAGCUGCCGGAGUAGCUGAGAACCUGCUGCAUCAGCUGCUACAUGUUUCAGGUCUAAUUGAGACAGACUGGAUUUGGACAAUGAAGUCCAGCCUAAUGCAUUUGAUUCCUCCAGUGAGUAGGGACAGAAUAAUCUCCCACUUCCCCAAGUGGUACACGCCAGAGGCCUGUCUCCAGUUCAAAGACCACUUCCAUGCACUGGUCAGGAGUGCCUGUCAGCAACGCAACACUGGGACAGUUGGGCUGAAAAUAUCCAAAGUGGUUGUGGUAGGAGACCUCUAUGUUGGGAAAACCAGCCUCAUCAACAGGUUUUGUAAAGAUAUUUUUGACCGAGACUACAAGGCAACCAUUGGAGUGGAUUUUGAAAUUGAACGGUUUGAAAUAGCUGGAGUGCCAUAUAAUCUCCAGAUAUGGGACACAGCAGGUCAGGAAAAGUUCAAGUGCAUUGCAUCUGCUUACUACAGAGGAGCAGAGGUUAUUAUAACAGUGUUUGAUCUGGCUGAUAUCCAGACUUUGGAACACACGAAGCAGUGGCUAGAGGAUGCAUUGAGGGAGAAUGAGCCAGGGUCCAGCUUCAUCUUUCUGGUUGGAACAAAAAAAGAUUUAGUGUCAGGUGCCGCAUGUGAGCGGACAGAACUGGAUGCCAUUCGCUUUGCCAAUGAGAUGCAGGCUGAAUACUGGUCUGUCUCAGCAAAAACAGGGGAAAAUGUAAAGGAGUUUUUUUCUCGAGUUGCUGCCUUGGCCUUUGAACAGUCUAUGCUGAAAGAGCUGGAGAAGAGCAAUGGUCGCAUGGCCCAGAUUGGGGCAGGAAACCUCAUCAAAAUAGAAGGAAAUUCACUGGAGACUCCAGAAAGCAACAGCCAAGCCAGCCUGAACUGCUGUUAGCUUCCAGUCAUUUCUGCAAGCAUCACACCUCCAUCUGCAUGUGCGUACACCUGCAUGGCGCAUCUGCAGCAGGGAAAGCUCUCAAGCAGCUUCCAGUUGAGAGAUGAAAAGUCAGUUUAUUUCAGGAAAGAAUGGAGGAGCUGAAAAUGAUUCAAGCAACUUCCCUUCAGACAGAUGAUCUCUCUCCCACCCCUUGCUUUGUGCUCUCCUUGUGCAGGCGGCACAAUGGUACAUAAACCUUCCCUGUGCAAUGGGGAGAUUGCUUGUGUGAUCACCUGAGGGGUGGCAAGCUAUCUUUACUCAAGAGGAUGGAAUCAACCGACCUUUUCCGCUUACUACCAGGAGGACCUGUAAAAAAAUGUUCUGUACUUGUUUUAUGUUCUUGGUAGCCACCAGAACUCUAGAAUCUUGGACAGUGAAGUCCUGGCCCCAUUCUUGUGGGAGCAGAAAACACAUGGCAGUGCUGAUUAUUGUGGUGUAUUUGAUCUGUUUUGUCUUUUAAACACAACAUCCUUGUACAAAAUUAUGCUGACUUGCACUCAAGCACACCCAGUUUACCAUGAUAGUGCUGAGAGAAAAAUUCCUCUUGUUUCUGGGAUCAGGAUAUCUGGUUUCAGGAUAUCUGUCGAUCCGUUGUAAUUUUUAAGUCUAUACAUAUUCUUCUUCCAAUGGAUGCAGACCAGAAUUCCA